AUGAAGACCACGACUCCCGACACGACAAACCAUGUCUUCCUCGUGUCAAGUGUCGUGGUCAUCGCCGCAUCGUCCGCCGUGGUGGUGUCGGCGGGUGUGGUGGUGGCCAGCAUCAUCUUGGACUUGCAUAUUACGCUGCGAUGGCCGCGCCGUCGCUCGAGGGCUUGCGCGGAGGGAGCUCAGCGAUUGGUUGAUUUCUCGGCACACUUGCUGCACAUCGUCCGUCUACUGGAUGUCACCGUCCGUGACGCGGUCGGCGUGCUCGGACCCGGCCAAGCCGACAAACCUGACGGCAAGAUGCGGUCACUCACGAGCUCCAUCUGGAGGAGGGCGUGCUACCGGCUGCUCUCACAGUGGACGUUCGAGUUGCCCGUCGCCCGACUCAACGACUUACAGUCAAUCACGCUUAAAGAAUAA